GACAUGGAAGCGCCUGCUGAAGACCUUUACAGUCCCUGAGCACUGCGAUUGCCUUUUUUUUCUUUCUGACCCACGUUUUCUUGUUCUCAGCCGCGGCCUCGUCCUAGAAACGGGUCGUCUUUCGAAUCAGACGGUUACCCCGUGCAAGCUCGUCAUAUACAGAUUUAUGAGAAAGCUGGACUGAAAGACUUGAACUGUUAGGGAAACAAAACCAAUGAAGCUCAACUGCUAGUCCUAAUUGGAUUGCUUUGCUACCUUUUACAAGCGGAAAGAAUGUCGGAAAGGGCCGAUGAUGACGUCAGGGGGGAGCAGCGCAGAGCGGCCCGGCAGCUAAAGCAACAGCAGCAGCUUCAACAGGGAGAAGGCUCCACAGCAAUGGCGACUGUAGGGGAGCGCAGAGCACUGCACAGUCCUGAAAUCCUGCUGGGGCAGCCUUGGAGCAGCUGGGUGGACGCUUCCAAACAACACGGCAGCGACGGUGCAGAACCCGAGGAAAGUUUAAAAGAGUGGGGGAAAAAUCGAGAAGCGAUGAGGCUCUGUCGAGAAGACAUGCCAAUAUUUGGCCACUGCCCAGCACAAGAUGACUUUUACUUGGUGAUGUGUAACCAUUGUAAUCAGGUUGUCAAACCACAGGCUUUCCAAGCACACUAUGAAAGAAGACAUAGUUCAUCUAGCAAUCCUCCCCUUACCCCAACACCCACUUCUGCCUAUUCACUCGCCUCCACGCUCCCGAAGAAAACCGUCAGUAGCUACAGCACCAGUCGUCCACCUGCUGGAAACAGCAGUUCGACCAAUUCCAAAAGCUCCAAGUUUCCCAAAGAAAAGUUGCAUGGAAAUAGUGGAAGUAACAGGCCAAUGCAUCUGCAACACACUGAAAGGAUAAUGACUCCUCCAGUUAAAGCCGAGAAGAUGCAUCAGAAUCCAAAGGUAGAUGGUACAUCUUUAAAAACUGUUCCCGGUUCCACUGUGAGUUCCUCGAUAAAGCCAGGCCUUAAUUGCCCCUCAAUACCAAAGCCACCCAUGUUGUCUCCUGGACAGAUUCCCAAUGGAAAAGGUCCAUUGUCAACUCCAGAUAAAAAACAGGAUGAUAAUGCCAGUAGUAAAAAACAGUUAUACAAAAGAUUGCCAGAGCGUGAAUUUAACCCUGAUAUUCACUGUGGAGUUGUGGACCAGGAAACAAGAAAGACUUGCACAAGAUCCCUUACAUGCAAGGCACAUUCCUUAAGCCAGCGAAGAGCAGUGCUGGGUCGAAGAAAGCGUUUUGAUCUCUUAUUAGCUGAGCACAAAAGUAAAACCCGGGAUAAAGACCCUCAUCGAGCCUCAGAGCAUGCUUCGCCAGCAACCCCUCUCAGGGAACCUCAUCCCCCCACUUCACGGGCCACACUGGAUAUGCAUCCAAACUCUCAUGGAAGUGCAUCUGAAAGCAAGCUUUCUACACCUAACAAACCCAGAUCUCAUAAUCCGAGUCUUCCGAGGUCUCUUGUCUGUCCUACCCAGGGUGUUGGAAAUGUUUCUAAUGACUUGACAUUGGCCCAGGAGUCACCCCAUCAUUCUACACCAGCGGUUGAUGUAGCAUCACGCCUGUCAAGUGAUGAGGGGGAGAAUGAAGAGGAACCAACCGAAAAGCUUGACUGCCACUAUUCAGGAUAUCAUCCUCGACCCGCAGCGAUCUGCACUUUCGGAAGCCGACAUAUUGGGAGAGGAUGUUAUGUCUUUGACAGACGGUGGGAGCGAAUUCGCUGUGCACUUAAUUCAAUGGUGGACAAGUAUGUUAAUUCUCAAAUGUGGAAAAAAAUUCCUCCAGCUUCAGAGAACAGUAUGUCAACACCAGCACCACACAGGACAAGCACAAACUCUUUGCCUAUGUUGCACUGCAGUGUGAAUGCCACUGGAUAUUUGUGCUCCAGCCCAGUAAUGUCUCCUCCAGUGCUGGUGUCUCCACCUUACACACAAGCUUGUGACAACAAAUCAAUUUUGUCUUAUGGGACUACUUUAAAUGCCCAUAGUUCCCCUAUGGGCUCUUCAGAGCAGACUGUGUAUACUUUGCAUUCAAGGCAAGUGUCUUCAUCGCCCCAAAUGCCUUCAGGACAUUCAGCAGUAACUUCCUCAGUAUCCAGCAAACCUCAGAAAUCCAAAUCCAGCAGCAAGUCUUUUCGAUCUAAGGAGUCCCCUGCCACAGUCACAAACUGUAAUAGUAACAGCUCUGCAAAGAAGAGGAAAAGCAGCUCCCCUCUCCCAGCUUAUUCAUCUUCCCAUUCUGCUGAGACAGCGUCAUACAGAAAAAACUGUGCUUUGAACUCUGGUGGCUCAGGGAGUUCUUAUCACUCUUUUGUGCCCUCGUCUGCACACAGCAGUGUGCACAAUGCCAGCCUCAACUGUACUAAUAAAGCAAACUCACUUGGCCUCAGACAUGAUCAAUCAGGGAGGGGCCCUCCGUCAGGAAGCCCUGCAGAAUCAAUAAAACGUAUGAGCGUAGUCAUGAACAGCAGUGAUUCCACUCUUUCACUUGGACCUUUUGUUCACCAGUCUGUUGAGCAAAGCAUGAACUCUCAUGCCAACUUUUCUCACUCGCAUGUUCCCAUAGACAAGUUGGAAGGUAAAAAGCGGAAAGGCUCUCCGGCCUCCAGCAGUAUAAACAGCACCAGACCUACCAAGAUGGCCAAAUCACCCACAGUAAACAACAUCCACACAAAGCACACCCGUGCCAUCCCAGGAACACAGGGUCUUCCAAGCAAUUCACUUUUGCAGCAGCCAAAGGCACGCCCCUGACAACUGCUUUCCCAUUUUUGAAAACCUCCAGACAGACGGUAUCCAGUUUGUGGUACUGUGGACUGCAGAUGGCCUUUGUGUUAUCUUCACUUCCCACAUCCCAAAGAGGUGCGCAUGGCCUGGACAGUCCGUGUCAGUUGGAGAUCCCUGAAGCCAUGUUUGUAGCCAUGCAGCAAACGAUCCCUCUACAUGAUCACUGGAUGUUGCUAUAAUCAGUGUUAACUGUGGAAAAUACUGCUGACUGUACAACUCGCACUGAAGUGUGGAUUUCCUUUCCUUGUUAAGUAAUGCAGGAUAAGGGCUGGGCAAGGAACCUGUGUGGGUUCAAAUGUAACCCUGAAUUACAAGUUGCAUGCAGGAGCAACUCAAGUGUUACCUUUUGAAAUGCUUUGAUUUGUUCCUUUUCUUAGGUUUUUUUGUUUUUCUUUCCCAGGUUGUUAAAGUUGUAUUUUGCUGUCUGUGUGCACAGUGUUGCACGCAUAUAUGUGGCCACAGCAUGGGAGUCAGACUGGGAAAAGCUAUCGGG